AUGCCUACUUUUGUCAACCCACCUCCUUUCCCAAGCAGACUAAAGAAGACAAAAAAGGAAAAGGUUGAGAAAGAAAUUCUUAAUACAUUCUGCAAGGUAGAAGUGAAUAUUCCUCUUCUUGAAACUAUUAAACAAGUGUUGCGCUAUGCUAAGUUUUUGAAAGAAUUGUGCACUAAUAAGCGCAAGUUGAGGGGUAAUGAAAAAGUUAGCGUGGGGGAGAAUGUUUCUACAGUUCUUCAAAAGAAGCUUCCACCAAAGUUGAGGGGUAGUGAAAAAGUUACUAUCCCUUGCACUAUUGAUAAUAAAAGAAUUGAGCGUUUCCACUUGAAGAAACAGAGAUUGAUUAUUCAACUUGUUGAUAGAUCGAAUGCUUAUCCCAGGGGUAUAAUUGAAGAUGUUUUAGUUCAAGUGAAUGAAUUGGUGUUUCUAGCAUAUUUCUAUGUUUUUGAUAUGGAAGAUGAAUCCAUUCCAUGCUCCACUCCAAUUUUGUUGGGAAGACCAUUCAUGAAAACUGCAAGAACCAAGAUUGAUGUGCAUGAUAGUACAUUGACCAUGGAAUUUGACGGGGAGACAAUUCGAUUCAAGGCUAUGAGGUAUCCAAGUGAGCAUCUUGUGUUGACCGAUGAAGAUUUUUCUGAUGAGAUCAUGGAUGUCUUAAUCGCACUCAAUAUUGGUUUGGACAAGAGUUUUAAGAAGGUUUCAUUUAUGGACUUACCAGUUUCUAAUGAGAAAUUACAACCAUCAAUUUUUCAAGCUCCUACACUUGAAUUGAAGCCACUUUCGAACCAUCUCAGAUAUGUUUACUUGGGGAAGAACGAGACACUUUCAGUUAUAAUCGCAAGAAAUCUUUACCAAGUUCAAGAAGAAAAAUUGAUAAGAGUGCUUCAGGAUUAUAAAACAACCAUUGGGUGGUGUAUUGCUGAUAUUAAGGGGAUUAGCCCUUCUAUGUGCAUGCACUGA